AUAUAGUAAGUGAAUAAAAAAAUAAAAAACCAAAACAUAAAUCCGUAAAAUAAAAGAGAGGGAAGAGGGUCAGGCGCACAAGAGUCUAGAGCCGACGUCGACUGAGUUGUCUGGUGAUAUGAGUCGCGAAAUCAACACCAACGCAAUUCAGUUACAAUUCAACACACACGUAGACCCACAAUAAAAAAAAACAUCUAUAUGUAUAUACAUACAUAUUUAUACAUAACUAUGAUAGUCUGUCAAAAAUAUGAUAAUUAAUUUUUUAAAUGAGUAGCCGUCAGCCGUGAGUCGUUGACGUUUAGUAAAAAUGACUUAAAGUUUAUUAAUUUUUGAUACAAUGGCUCUCUCCAAGGUACUAAAUUUAACGUCAAUUGGAAAUAAUACCAAUGAGAAGUUAAGUGAUAUCAAUAUGUACGACACAUCAGUAACCAAUAGCAUAUCAGAUCCCACUAGAUGCCGGGAAUACAACCCAUGGAAUUACGAUUUAAUGAGUCGGAAUAAAAAUCACAAAAUGGAAGAUGAAGAGACCCAAGAUCUCAACAAUUCGAUGGUCAAUGACCUGGUGUCAAAAGUAUUGGACGAUGAUCCAAUACCAGACAAGCCGAUCAACAAUAAUUACAACGUAAAUCAAUACGACAUCGAUCAAAUAAAAUCACAAAAUCACUCGUAUUACAAAAGUUACGAUUUACAACAUGAAGAAUUCAUAAAAAAUCAUCAGUCAGCCCAAACAAUUAAAGACAAUCGUGAUAUAUUUGAUAUAUAUUCAAAUUUGGAGUCACUUUGCAUAAACGAUUUAGUUUCUCAAGACACAUUUUAUUUAAAUAACAACAAAUACAAAAAUUUAUCACCGGCAUACAACGAUCUAGGGAUGGCCUACUCGGUAAAUGAUUUGAUAUCAAAAAAAUUUACUGAUUUACAACCUCAGCAUCAACUCCAACCUCAACCUCAGUACCAGCAGCCAGGCCAUCAAACCUGGACAGAUUUUGAUGACAUAUUCGACAGCCAUCAACAGUUUCCAUCCCACGAUUUAAAUUACAACCCAAUUUCCCCGUCAAUUCAUCAGGAUCAUCAAGAAUUGAACCAUCAGCAGCCGUCGCUGAUAAACAUCCAGGACUUCAACUCAACAAAUCAACCCUACAAUCGUUCCAACUCAGCCAUGACCGAUUUCUCAACCGACUCAGGAUUUCUGUCAAACUCUCCCCUGCAAAAUCAACAUUUAUCACCAGAUUACAGCAGCUAUUCAUCAGGAUAUCGGUACGACGAUGCUGCUAAUUCACAAAAUUCAUCAUCAGCAUCAUCGCUGAUGUCUGCCACUGGAUUCAAAGCUUACGAUUAUGAUUACAAAGGACAUUCUGCUGAUUACAUAAACAAUUAUCAUGAAAAUGAUGCUAAAUCAAUGGCAGUUAAUCAAAAAAUAGAUGACACAUUAAUUAAAAUGUUGACGCCAUCAUCAAUUAAAUUAAAUGAUAAUCAUAAUAACAAAAAUAAUCAAUUAUUUAACUACCAGAGCUUACAAAAUAAUCAUAAUCAGUUACCCGGACAUCAAAAUAAUUCAAAUCAAGGAUUAAAUUGCUAUCAGUAUCGCGUGACACCGCGUGUUAAUGGACAACAAUCACAACCAAUAAUAAUGGACCAAUUAAAUAAAUAUAAUUAUCCAUUGAAUGUCGAUCAAAAUUAUCAGCAACGUUACACUGCCAAUAAUUAUGAUUACAAAACAAAUUCUACAAUAAAUACUUCGCUAUCGAUGAUAAAUAACAACAACUGCUACCAGACAAAUGGAUCAAAAUCACUGAACAAUCAUAAUUAUGACACGAGAACUGAUACCUCUGCUAUUGGAUCAAUAAAUUAUAGUAAUUUAGCAGCGCAAUUGCGUAAUGCUGAUCCUAAUUUAUUGCACUCAAUUAUCAAGCAGCAGCAGCAGCAGCAACAGUCCCAGCCAAUGAGAAUGCCGGACAUGCUGAUGAAUGCCAGAUUAAUUAGAGCUAAUGGCGGUGGUAAUCCUGGAGCCAGUGCAGCUGGAACUGGAACUGGUACAGGUGUUGGUGUUGGUGUCGGUGUCUAUCCGUCGAUGCUGCCGGUGCCUUUGGUCCAGCCGAUACUGAAUGCUGGUGCGAUUGGACUCCGUGGUAUCAAAGCAAGACGUGCUGGUGCGUCGAGUAUUCUGCAUCUAAGAUUGGAGCAGACAUUCGAUCAGUUCAAGCAAUUGGAGAAAGAAAGAAAAAAAUGCGAAGCCGGACUGGCUGCUCAUUUUCCAGGCAAAAGGGUCACCAGCGCUAACAAUAUCCCGGUACCUAGACUUCAGGGUAAUCCAUCGAGAGCUGACAGACUCAUCAUUGAUCACUUGAGAGAACAUGCGCGAGUUAUUACUCUUAUUGCCAAGAUGGAGCACUUGCGGGGUGUGACUAUGAAUGAAAGAGUACACAAGGCGAUGGAAUUCUGGCUUGAGUCAAUUAAAUUUGUCCAGGAAUGCCGUAAAAAAGAAAUUACUCACGCAACUAAACGUCAAAAAGAAAAUCCACAUUGCAGUCCCAUUCAUGAUGACAAAGAUAUAAUAAUUUUAGCAGAAAGUAUCCGUGAAUUAACACGGGCAGCACGUUUGGCGCGCACCGCAAUGUUCAAUGCAAUGCAGUCAACUUUACUACAAAAUAAAGACAUAGAAAAAAAAAUAAUCGAAACUUCAAGUGACGUAAUACUUGGAAUAAUUACUAAAGAAUCAUCAACAGCAGUAUCUUCAGUGUCAUCAAUAUCAACAACAUCACCGGCAGCUGACGGUAAUUGUACAUCAUCACCUAUUACGACUUAGCAAAUUAAAUUUAAUUACAAACAAUAGCAACAAUGAACAAAAAAAAUAUAUAUUCACAUUUUAUUAAUAAUAAUUAACAAAAAUAUCAACGAUAACAAAAAAAAAAAAGCUCAAUUCUUCUUUACAAUGUCUGUUAAAUUGCAACAAUCUGCUCACAAUUGCGUCCAUAUUGGGAACAGUGUUUAAUUAAAUUAAUUUGAUUAAUUAAUAAAUAUAAACACUUUUAUUUAAUUCUUCAGUCUACAAUACCUCAAUCAAGUAUUAGUUAAUGGUGCUAAUGAGCAUCUGAAUUACUUAAACAAUUAAUUAAAACUGCACAAUAAAAUCUUCCAGAAUAAACAAAAAAAAUCCCCAUGGAUUUUUAUAAUCAGUAAUCAAUGAUAGUUAAUUUAAAAAAAAAAAAAAACGAAAGUAAAUGGCUUUAGUUAAUUAAUAAACAUAAAAUAUUUAAAAUAAAUGGCUAUUAGAGAGUAGUUUUUUUGCUACUUAGCAAAAGGAAAAUUAUAUUUAGUAAUAAUAAUGAUAAUUAUUAUUAUUAUAAUGAUGUUGUCUCUAUAGAAUAGUUUAAUGUGGCCUUCCUCACGUGUGUAUGUGGUGUGACCCGUCUUAGAUUUUUAAUAACGCUAGAAAUUCCGUUAUUAGGUUUUUUUUUAUUUCAUUUCUGGGUUUAAAUAUUCAUAUAUGAUCGUAUUGAAAUAUAUAUGACCAUAUCUGAUCAUAUAUGGUAAUACUUACAUAUAUAUGAUCGUAUAUGACUGUACUUAAUCACCUGACUUGAUCAUAUAUGGUCAUAUCUGACAAUCAUGUAUAGUCAUACUUAAAUAUAUAUGAUCUCAUAUACAAUUCUACUUCUUAAUAUCUGACUUAAUCAUGUAAGGUCAUAUAUGGUCAUAUCCAAACUUAUAUGGUCAUAGUUGGUCAUAUCUGAACAUAUAUGAUCAUAAUUAGUCAUAUCUGGUCAUAUGAUCAUUUUUAAAUAUAUGUUCUUAUAUGAUCAUAAAACUUGUCUGACUUGACCAUGUAUAAUCAGACUCGAAUAUAUGAUCAUAUAUGGUCAUGCUUGACCAUAUCUGAACAUAUAUGGCCCUACUUGGUCAUAUCUGAACAUAUAAAGUCAUAGUUGGUCAUAUCUGAACAUAUAUGAUUAUAAUUAGUCAAAUCUGGUUCGAUCAUAUGAUCAUUUUUAAAUAUAUGUUCUUAUAUGAUCACAAAACUUGUAUGAUUUGACCAUGUAUAAUCAGACUCGAAUAUAUGAUCAUAUAUGGUCAUACUUGACCAUAUCUGAACAUAUAUGGCCCUACUUGGUCAUAUCUGAACAUAUAUGGUCAUAGUUGGUCAUAUCUGAACAUAUAUGGUCAUAGUUGGUCAUAUCUGAACAUAUAUGGUCAUAGUUGAUCAUAUCUGAACAUAUAUGAUUAUAAUUAGUCAUAUCUGGUUCGAUCAUAUGAUUAGUUUUAAAUAUAUGUUCUUAUAUGAUCACAAAACUUGUCUGACUCGACCAUUUGUAAUCAGACUCAAUUAUAUGAUCAUAUAUCGUCAUACUUGACCAUAUCUGAACAUAUAUGGCCCUACUUAGUCAUAUCUGAACAUAUAUGGCCCUACUUAGUCAUAUCUGAACAUAUAUGCCCAUACUAAGUCAUAUCUGGUUCGAUCAUACGACCAUAUCUGAUCAUAUGUGGUCAUAUCUGAAUAUAUAUGAGCAUAUCUGAUCGUAAUUAAAUAUAUGUUCUUAUAUGACUACAAAAAUUUGUCUGACUUAAUCAUAUGUAAUUAUAAUUUAAUAUAUGAUCAUAUCUGGUCAUUAAAAUGUAUAUGAUUAUAUAUGAAUAUUUUAACCCGGAAAAAAAAUUUCGAGUGACUAAAAUUGUUUUGUUAAUUAAUUAUUAAAUAGAAAAUAAUUAAUUAAAAAAAAAUUUACACCGGCUUAUCUUGACAAAAAAUAUAUUAAUUAAACAAUUAAAAAAAAAUAAAAUUAGAAUGACGUAGAUGUUUUCCUAUUGACUUUGAUAAAUAAAAUUUUCUCGUAGAUUUUUUACUGAAAAAAAUGAUCGAGAUUUAUUAAUUAAUUAAUUAAUUAAUUAAUUAAUUAAUUAAAGCUAAUGUGCUACUAUGCCUAUUUAAUAAAAAAUUGCCUGUAAUGCCCUUCCUGCAUUCGUCCAUUACUAAUUAUAUUUUAAAAAUUAAUUUAUCUGUUUAAUUAAUUAAUUUUUUAAUUAACUCAAUCAAAUUUUGUUUAAUUAAAUUAUUUUCUGUUUAUUAUUAACUGUGAUAACUUUUAAAUGCCAACUAAACUUUAAAGCCUAAACAAAAAUUUUAACCAAAUCAUCGAAUUAAAAAUCCAAAUUUGAAAAAAAAAAAAAAAUCCAAUUAUCGUAUUACUUAAUUACAUUAUCAUUCGAUAUAAUGACCUGAGAUAGUUAUAAACGAAACAUAAUUAUUAAACAAUUAUAAUAAUAAUUGAAAUUUUAUCGGCAACUCCGUUCAUAAAAAAGCUUAAUAAUUUAAUUAAAAUAAUAAUAUAGAGAAUUUAGAGCGUAGAGAUAUGGAUAGCUGAUGAUUAGACUGCAUUGAAUAGAUAAAAGACGUGUCCAAGAUUACGUACUUAUUAUUUAUAUUAAGAAAAAUGAUAAUAAUAAACAUUAAAUAUUUUUUUUUUGGUGCACGAGACACAGAGUGUUAGAUUCUCAUGCACUUGUAUAGGAAAAUAAUGAAAGAUUCGCUUUUAAAAAUAUAUAUAAUUAUUAAUAUUGUUUAUUUAAAUGACGGUAAAAGUCAAUUUUAUCGAAUAAAAAUAUAAUAAAUAUGUGUCCGACAAUCCUAAAUAAAAAUUCAAUUGCAUGUGAUACUAUAUCAUACAAUUAAAAUAUUAAAAAAAAAUAAUUAUAGAA